CGGAUGGCGUGGUCACGUGGCCGGGGCGUGCCCGCCGGUUGUGGCCAUGGCGGCCGCAGUCUCCACUGUGGUGAGGCGAGUGGAGGAGCUGGGGGACCUGGCUCAAGCCCACAUACAGCAACUUAGUGAAGCCGCGGGUGAAGACGAUCACUUUUUAAUUCGGGCCUCGGCAGCUCUGGAAAAACUGAAACUUUUAUGUGGAGAAGAGAAAGAAUGUUCAAAUCCAUCAAAUCUUCUAGAACUUUAUACACAGGCUAUUUUGGACAUGACAUAUUUUGAGGAGAAUAAGCUAGUAGAUGAAGAUUUUCCUGAAGACUCUUCUUCCCAGAAAGUAAAAGAACUAAUCAGUUUUCUUUCAGAACCAGAAAUUUUAGUUAAAGAAAAUAAUAUGCAUCCAAAAAUUGAAAGAGGGAAGUAUGAGAGCUUACCACUGCAGACCAACAUGACACUUUGUGAUUUGCUUGGGGAUGAGCUACUUGAAUGUCUCUCUUGGAGACGAGGAGCCCUACUGUAUAUGUAUUGUCAUUCUCUGACCAAAAGAAGAGAGUGGCUCUUGAAAAAAUCUAGUUUGCUUAAAAAGUACCUUGUUGAUGGAAUCAAUUACUUACUACAAAUGCUAAAUUAUCGGUGUCCUAUCCAGUUAAAUGAAGGAGUUUCUUUUCAAGACUUAGACACAGCUAAAUUACUGAGUGCAG